UUGUUUUUGUUUUUUUGCAUUUUUUAAAUUCUCAUUCUUGUCAGCAGCUCUUCGCGAGUUUUUAUGACGUAAUUCAUUCAAUUAGAACGUUGGUAUUGCAGUAUAUAAAGGCCUAAAAAUCACUUGCUCAUUUUGUUGGUUGAAGUUUCGGAGUAGCUAUCUAAUGGUAAAGUCACAAACGGUUUUAUCGUGAGACAGCUAAAUUGAUUACUAAAAGAGCUAGAUAUGGAGUCUGUAUACGAACCCUGUGUACUUCUAAAAUACACCACCAACAUGGCAGAGAACCAUCCUCAUCAGCUUGAUGAGACGCCUGUUGGUCCGGGUGAGACUGAUGCUGGGAGAAAGGAGAAAAAGACAAAGAAGUGCUUCUGGAGGUGGCCUUUUGGGCCUGGUGAGACUGUUGGACAGAGAAAGGAGGCGAAGAUAGAGGAGAAAAAGAAGAAUGUCUGGAAGUGGCCCACUCUCUGCUUUCCUCGCCACAGAACUGCAAAAUAUGACCUGGUUAAGGCUGAGAAGGAGUUCAAGUGUGUGGCGGGAACAUAUCAGAGACAUGAUGACAAUGCUCCAACUUCAGAAGUCCCUCCUGCUGCUGAGGAACAGCCAGAGCUGGACGUCCCGGGCAAGGGCCACAUUUUGAGGCAUUAUAAAAUUGGUCCCAAGCUGGGUGCAGGCGGAUUUGGCUUGGUGUAUGCAGGAACUCGCCAUGAGGAUGGACUCAAGGUGGCUGUGAAAUUUUCAGUGAAGGCACCAAACAUGCCAUACAUCACAGCGCCCGGUCAUCCCAAACGCCUCCCGUUGGAGAUUGGCUUGACACUGAUGGCCAAUAAGGGCCCCAGCGCUCCUCAAAUAAUUAAACUGCUGGACUGGCAAGAAGAGACAGACCACUACAUCAUGGUCAUGGAGCGGCCCUUGCCUUGCAUGGAUUUGCUUAGUUUCAUGGAGCUACACGGAGGAACCCUCGAUGAGGGCACGGCACGACAUGUUAUGCGGCAGGUCAUUCGUGCCGCUAAAGUUUGCUGUGACAACGGUGUCUUCCAUCGGGACAUCAAACCGGAGAACCUCCUGGUGAACCAGGACACCAUGGAGGUGAAACUGAUUGACUUCGGUUGCGGUGCCCUCAUGAAAAAAUCGUCUUUCAAAGUCCUCUGUGGCACAAGACAGUUUUUUCCUCCAGAGUACAAGUUCAACGGCAAAUACCAUGCAAAGCCCAUAACAGUGUGGUCCCUCGGGAUUAUCCUGUUUGAAAUGGUGUGCGGGGAUUUUCCCACAGCGGAUGACCUGUACUUGACCUCUGCCAACAUCUGGACCGGUCCAGGCCUGUCACAAGAAUGCUGCGAGCUGAUUUGUGAUUGUCUGCAGCCUAAGCCAAAGAAGAGGCUCACUCUGGAGAAGAUGCAUCUCCAUGACUGGUUUAAGACAGGGAGAACAUCAUAAAACGACUCCUGUCACGGCCACCCUUGAUUUCUGUUCUCAGUCUGCUUUGCAUCUGCUGGACCGACAUGAGUGGCCUUCCCAUCCCUCCACUCAGGCCUUAAUGUAUUGCAGGGCCACUACGUUCUUGACUUAAAGCAGCAAUAUUUGUAUCUGGCAGUAUUGCUUGCUUAGAGAUCUGUACUUAAUAGUUAUUUGUAUAUCAUUAUUAUAUUUAUAUACUUUAAAGAGUCUCAUAAAAAACUGUAAAGAAAGAAAUUUGUUAGAGAUUUUGUUAAAAGAAAAAAAAGAAAAUAAAUGUAUAAGAAAAUGUAUAAUAAA